AUGGUCAAUUCAACGACCUCCACACAUUCAUCAUCGGAGGAGGUUGAAAGGAAACAGCAACAGCAACACUCAAGGACUCCGAUGGAUGAGAGAGUAGAUUCAAUGAUAGAUUCAUCAACAACAAUUACCAAUCAUGAUAAUACUAAUAAUAAUAAUAACAAUCAAGAUCAUUUUGAAGAAACCGAUGAUGGCUCGCCGUCGCCCACCUACAUCUAUUACCUCCCAUCUCAUCAAGCCAAUCCUAAUCAUCGGCAUCAUCAUGGAAUUUAUUUUCAACCUCAUCAUCAUCAUCAUUCCGAAUUUACCAUGAUGAAUCAUUCCCAAUCUCAUCAUCAUCCACCAUAUCCUCAUCAUCAUGCUCAACAUUUCCAACCACCACCUCAUUCCCAAUUUUUGUAUUUUCAAACACCAUCCUCUCUCCCUCAUGGUCAAGUAUAUCAUCAUCAUCAUGGAGCGGAUGCUUCUCAACAACCAAAUUCUUCCUCCAAAGAAAAUGCAUCAAGUAGUAGUAUUGAAAAAUCUUCCGCUUUAAUAGAGACCAGUUUUGAUCGAGAGCUCAUUGCUCAACAACAACAACAGCAACAACAACAUUCAAAUUCCUCCAUAUCACCAUUACCUCACCAUUCCUCCCAACAUCAUGCAAUUUCAACCAAUCAUCACCCUCACCUCCAUGACACUCAUCCCCGAUCCAAUCACAAAUUUCAAGAGUUAUAUAUUGAUGAAUAUUCAUUGCCUCAUUACGUACAACAAAAUCCAUGUGAUCGAAUUAAGGUUGUGAAUGAGAGUCAAUUUCUUGACCCAAAAUUGUGGAUCAUACCCAAUCAUUCCGUAUUUUGUGAACCAAUAUUUACUGUCUUGAUGAAUAUUACAUUGUUUGGACUUGGCCAUAUUCUCAUGGGUCAGGAUCGAAAAGGGGUUGCCUACUUGCUUGUGAGUUUGGUUAUGGCUUUCAUGUGUUGUUUGGGUUUUGGAUUUUUGGCCCUCCCUAUCUUUAUUUAUUGGCAUAUCAUGAUCCUUGUGGAUGGAUACAAGAUGGCCACCAGACUGAAAAAAGGCUUUCCAAUCCAUCAGGGAGAAUGCAGCAAUGGUUGGGCCACCAAAUUUGCUGGCUUAUUUGUUGGAUAUGAUGUCACACUCUUUGACCAUACCAAUCCAAGACAUUGCACUCAAGAAUGGUUAGACAUGAUUAAUAGUUUGAAUACGAUAUAA